AUGGAUGUUCAUGAUACAGCUUCAGUGCCUCGAAAUGUCGCUUUGGUGCCGGGUGUAGUUUUCACGAUUGAGCCAGGUAUUUAUAUUAGAAAUGGCAAUGAUUGGGUGAAACGGGAAUUUCAUGGCAUUGGAAUGCGAGUUGAAGAUGAUCUUUUGUUAACUGAAAGCGAAGCAGAAGUGUUGACCGAUGAAUGCGUAAAAUACGCAAGUGAUAUAGAAAUUUUAAUGAAAAGAUAUCUUAUUCAAGAUAUUUAA